GGAGUAUACCCUAUUUCACGAGUAUCCAUUACGAUUUGACGUCUACUGAUGAGGUGAGCAGCUGAUCAGCAAGUGACAUUUUUUUGUGUUAGUCUGGAACGUUGGCAAUAAUGAAUCGGGUAUAGAUCUAGUAAGACUUGUUUGUAGCGUUUCGUUUUUUGCAUGCAAAUGAACUUUUCUAAAUAAAAGAGCUGUUAGCAAGUACAAAAUGAAUCUGUUUACAAAAAAUUAAAACAAAAUACGGCUCUGACUACCUGACGUUGACGGAUCAGUCAGAAUUAUGUGUCCUGUGUCGAUAUGGGGAAUUUUGAGAUAUUUCUAGACAAUUCGCUGCCACCCUAUAAUGAUGGAUACGUCAGUCUUGUUUUGUGUGGAUACUCGUGGAAUAGGGAAUUUGAAUUUCCUGCAAUUGUCAAACUUAUCAGCCUAGUCUUUUUCCUGUAAUAAGCUUUUCUAUCGUUAAACGAAAGAUAUAAUAUUAGUUUGGCAUUAAUGCGUCUAAUACAUGCAGGCAUAUUCAAAUCCACCAAUCACGUAUACAUGAAGAAUAUUAAAGAGAAAGUUGUACAAUUUACCUUUCGAUCGCGGUUCGUUCCAGUGUUCGCAAGAUAUUAUUCAAACAUGUCGAAACCUUCCGUAUAUAUAACAAGGGAAGUUAACAAAGAAGCUUUGGAUCUGCUUAACACUCAGUGUGAUGUGACAUUUUGGACAGGACCGGGCCCAGUACCUAGAUCGGAACUAUUAAAAAACAUUGAAAAUAAACAUGCCCUUUUCUGUAUGUUAACUGACAGAAUCGACUCAGCAAUUUUGGAUAGGGCAGGGAAUAAUUUGAAAAUCAUCGCUACCAUGUCUGUUGGAUAUGAUCACUUGGAUGUGCCUGAAAUUAAAAAACGAAACAUAAAAAUAGCAUAUACCCCAGGCGUUCUGACUGAUGCUACUGCUGAGCUAGCGGUGGCCUUGCUUUUAGCUACCAGUAGACGACUCUUGGAAGCAAAUGAAGAAGCUAGAACAGGUGGUUGGCAGGCUUGGUCUCCAUUUUGGAUGUGUGGACCUGGACUAAAAGGUUCCACUGUAGGCAUUGCUGGAUUUGGCCGAAUUGGUCAAGAAAUCGCCAAAAGACUGAAGCCUUUCAAUCCUGAACGCAUAAUUUACUACAACAGAUCAGAGAGAAAGAAAGAAGCUGAGGAAAUUGGUGCUGAACGAGUCAAUUUUGACGAUUUGUUGACACAAAGUGAUUUUAUCAGUGUCAGUUUAUCUCUGACCCCUGAAACAAAAGAAAUGUUCAAUGAAGCUGCAUUUUCAAAAAUGAAAACAAAUGCUGUAUUUGUAAACACCAGUCGAGGAGGUGUAGUAGAUCAACAAGCUUUGAUAAAGGCACUUCAACAGAAAAAAAUAUGGGGUGCUGGAUUAGAUGUUAUGACCCCUGAACCUCUACCAUUAGAUAACCCCUUAUUUAAGCUGAAAAACUGUGUUAUUUUGCCACACAUUGGAAGUGCAGCAGUUGAAACUAGGAAGGAAAUGGGAUUGAUAUGUGCAAAAAAUAUUGUUGCUGCAUUUAAAGGAGAUCCUUUACUAACUGAAUUGAAAACAUAACAUAAUAAAUAGGUUUAUAUUACAUAACUUUUAAGGAUCACAUUGGUUUCCAUUGCAACUCUUCUGUUAAAAUAAAUAAUAUAUGCUUAAAGUGUCUUAUAAGCAGUACAUGUUACUUCACACCUAUAUUCACAAUAUCCAUAC